AUGGAAGGUACAAGGGGUUUUAAGUCAUCCCUUAAUGACUAUUCCCUCCUUUUUAAGAUCUCUGGUGAAUUGGUCACUAUACUUGCAAUUUAUGUCGAUGAUAUCUUAAUUACUAGGAACAAUGCCAAAGAAGUUGCAGACAUUAAACAUUUCUUGAACACUGAAUUCAUAAUCAAAGAUUUGGGUGAGGCGCAUUAUUUUUUGGGAUUAGAACUUGUACGAGUAGAGAAUGGCUUUGUGGUUACCCAGCGAAAAUUUGCUCUGGACUUCCUCACUGAGUUUGAUUGCUUGUCUUCUAGACAUGGUUCUUCUCCUCUUGAUCCGUCUCUUAAGCUCUAUUUUGAGUGUGGCACUCCCCUUUAUGAUCCUAUAACUUAUCGUCAAUUGAUUGGCAAGCUCAAAUUUUUAACUAAUACACGACCAGAUCUCACUUUUGUUGUGAAGACACUUAGUCAAUACAUGCAAAUGCCUUGUACAGGGCAUUAUCAGGUUGUUGCCCUUUCCUCGGCCGAAGCGAAGUACAGAUCAAUGCGUCGAUUGGUGGCUAAAUUUUCCUGGGUAGUUCGUCUUCUUCAAGAUAUCAGUAUUCCUCCAUAUUUGCCGGUGGCUUUGCAUUUUGAUAACUGUGAUGACCCAAAAG